UGUAUUAUCGAUUCUUCUCGAUAUGACAGCCAAGAUUCUCUCGUACGAAACAGCCAAUGCGAUGAUUAUAAUAUCCACAUAUUAAUAAUCUCCCAUCGCUUUUGACGGGGCCGACGAGAGGCACAGCAAACACUGUUACCGACAAGAAUAUGAUUGACGUAGCUUCCAAAAAGCACUUCUUAUUCAACAUUUCCAAUUACCUAUCGUACAUAUCUAGGCAUUUGAGAUGACUAUAAAAAGAAAAUAACUAGACUAGUAAGUAAGUAUUCAACAAUAAUAUAACACAAACACGCCGGUUUAGAAAGACGAAUCUCGGAACCGAUUCCGGAAUACAGAGACGUGAUGACCUUUGUCCUUAUCCUUGUCGCCACAGCUUCACUGCCGCCGAUCCGGUGAGUUGGUAAAUGCAUCUCAAUGCUUGGGCCGCAUAGCCAAUUUCCCCAGCGAUCCGGCCGAGAUGAAAACAAACUACCAACACGUCUUACAAUAAUUUCUACUCGUCUUCCCUUCCCUUUUUAACCUCUCACAACCCACAACCGCCGCCUUCCCUCCCACGUUUCUGAGACACACAUGCAUCCCGUCCGGUUGAAGCUUCCUGACAUUCUCGUGGUGGUCGCAUAGCACAAGACGGAUCUUAAUCGAUUUGUGACAACUGCAUAGGUAUAGGGAGAAGGACCAAUCGAGGAGCACGGAUAUCAAACGGUCAAAAUGAGGGUCCCAACACUAUCCAGCCUCGCCGAGGCCACUGUCGUCUCAGCUCUAUUCACCAAUCUAGCAGCCGCCCAAGUCAAGUACUCAACAUGGAUGGCGUCAAGCAUCAUGUCGCGCAGCCAAGGCAUCAUGACCGGCAAAGGCGGCUCCUCCGAGCUGCUACAAGCCGGAAUCACCCAGCGAGCCCUCUCCGCACUCGCGCUCCAAUACCCGAGCGACAACCUCACCGCCAGCGUACGAGACUACAUCCAGCGCAGCGCCGCCUCCGUAGUCCCCUUCACGCUAAACGCAAGCUACGACGCGCUGUCCUACCCCCUCGACCGGCUGUCCACGGGCAACGCACUGCUAGCCCUGUACUCCGCCAGCGACGCCAGCACCUCGACCUUCCGCCCCGCAGCCGACGCCCUGCGGCAAAGCAUCGACCUAAACCGGCGCAACCCCGAGGGCGGACUAUGGUAUUUCACCUACCCGCAAUGGAGCUACCUCGACGGGAUGUACUCCCUCGCGCCGUUCUACGUGCUGUACGCCGUAGACGAGGUGACGACCGCCGGAAGUAGUGGGGGUAGAGACGUCAACGCCACCGCCGCGUUCGCCGAUAUGCAUUUCCAGCUUGAUUUACUGUGGAACCAUACCCGCAACGCGACGACGGGGUUGCUCGCCCACGGCUACGAUGCCUCGAAGACGGCGGUGUGGGCGGAUCCGAUCACGGGCGCGAGUCCGCAUGUUUGGGGCCGGAGUCUGGGGUGGUAUACGGUUGCGCUUGUGGAGACGUUGGAGACGCUGCCGAAGUCGGCGUGUAAGGUGCGUGAGAAGGUGCUUGAUAAGUUCCGGUUGCUUGCCGGGGCCGUAAUCGAGGCUGUGGACCCCGUGACGGGAGGUUGGUGGCAGGUUCUGGAUGAGCCGGGUCAGAAGGGCAAUUACAUCGAGUCGAGCGGCAGCGCCAUGUUCUCGUACGCGCUGCUGAAGGGGGCGCGGUUGGGGUAUCUCGGAGGAGCUAAUGUCACGUUGGCUGCGAAGGCUAGAGAGGUUGGUGUUCGGGGCCACGGGUACCUGACAGAGACGUUCUUGGUUAAGGAGGCGAAUGGUACGUUAGGGUAUAACGGAACUGUGGCCGUGUGCAGCUUGAACUCGACGGCGACUUACGAGUAUUACGUCGGACAACCCAUCAACUACAACAGUGUGCUCGGAUCCGGCGCUUACGUACUCGCGUCCCUCGAGGUCGAGCAACUAGAAAUCUCAUGAUUCACGAGUCGAUGCUGUGGUGUAUAUACUAGAACUGCGUAGUACUUUAUAAUACAUAAUAACCAGGUCCAUCAGACCUUGCUAUGCCA